AUGUUGGAAUACUACGAGACCCAUAAUGAAAAACAGAUGAUACUUGUCUUUGUCGACGCGCAGAAAGCAUUUGACAAUGUUAAAUGGGAUUUUAUGUUGAAUCAGCUAAAAUAUAUGGAAUUUGGUGAAAAGUUUAUAAAUAUGUUCAAAGCAAUUUAUGCAAAACAGGAAGCGAAAGAAGUAGUAGUAAAUGGAGAAACCACUAAAAGUUUCCAAAUACAAAAAGGAACAGGCACUUUUGGGCGGGUUCACCUGGUGAGAGAGAAAGCUGCUAAAUGCUACUUCGCAUUGAAAGUAAUGAGCAUUCCAGAUGUUAUUCGGCUAAAACAAGAACAACAUGUACACAAUGAAAAAUCUGUUUUGAAAGAAGUGAAUCAUCCAUUUCUGAUCAGAUUAUACUGGACUAAUCAUGAUGAACGAUUUCUAUAUAUGUUGAUGGAAUAUGUACCUGGAGGUGAACUUUUUAGCUAUCUACGCAAUAUGGGACGCUUUAAUAACAGCACUGGACUAUUUUACUCUGCAGAGAUAAUUUGUGCAAUAGAAUACCUCCAUUCAAAAGAAAUUGUUUACAGAGACUUAAAACCAGAAAAUAUUUUAUUAGACAAAGAGGGGCAUAUCAAACUCACAGACUUUGGCUUUGCUAAAAAGCUUGUUGAUAGAACAUGGACACUGUGUGGAACACCAGAGUAUCUUGCCCCCGAAGUCAUACAAAGUAAAGGUCAUGGAAGAGCAGUAGACUGGUGGGCCCUGGGCAUUCUGAUAUUUGAGAUGUUGUCUGGAUUUCCUCCAUUUUUUGAUGACAACCCAUUUGGAAUAUAUCAGAAGAUUCUAGCUGGUAAAAUAGAUUUCCCCAGGCACCUGGAUUUAUAUGUAAAGGAUCUUAUUAAAAAGCUUCUUGUGGUUGACAGAACAAGACGACUAGGAAACAUGAAGAAUGGAGCUGAUGAUAUAAAGAGACACCGAUGGUUCAGGUGUAUAGACUGGGAUGCUGUACCACAGAGAAAAUUAAAGCCUCCUAUAGUGCCGAAAGUAUCAAAUGAUGGUGAUACAUCUAAUUUUGAAGCUUACCCUGAAGAUGAUUGGAACAAAAUACCACCAGUACCUCCUAAAGAUUUAGAAAUUUUCAAAAACUUCUAAAUGUGUGAUACAUCAAAUUAUUAAGGUAUUAGGUACUUCCAAAGCACCAUAUUUAUAAACCAGUGUAUUUACAGUCUUAAUGUUAAAAUCUUUACAUUGUUGCAUGUAGUUAAUUUACAAAAUCACACAUUGAUAUUUUUAAAUUAAAAAUAGAAGGAAAUGCCUUAAGGCUCCAUGACUGUCUUUUAAUAAAAAUAUAAUAUUAAUACAAUGUUUGGUAAUUAUUUUGGCUACUGUGAAGACUAGAUAGAUUUCUUCUAUAGGCACUGUUGCAAUUAUUAGAUGGCUUUUAUUUUGCAUUUUUAUUGUAUAAAAAUUGGUAUAACUCUUUGCACAUGGUAAUUAAGGACCUAAAAUCUUAUUUUCUGAAGUUUAAUGAAA